AUGGGCAAGAAACCCAAGGGAACGAAGAAAAGGAAGAAUCAGGUGGAGAAUUCAGAGCCUGAAUUCGUUUGCUCGAUACCCGCAGAGGCAGAAGAAGGCUUCCCAGAUGACACACUUCUUCAGGACAUUGCAAUUGAUGAGGCGCAAGGAACUGAGAUUGGUUCAGAAAGUGAAAAGGAGCAGUCAGAACACGAGGCAGAGAAAGAACCGACUGCCAUACCAGAGGUAGCUGAGGAGAGUGCACCGCCACAACUAAAAAAACACAGGGGACCAACCAAGAUGAAGGAUAUUGCUAGGGAUUCUAAUGCAAAAUUAAGAGUGGAGUUCACUGAUUUCGGUGAGCCCUACGGAGAAGGAUCAGUGAAGUUGUCGUCGUACCUAGGUCCGUUGGUACGGGAACAUGUUCCCGUACUGAUAGAUGAUUGGAGAAAAAUUGGUGAAGAUCGGAAGACAGUUUUAUGGAAAUCUGUAAAGCAAAAGGCCAAUGAGUUCAUCCAAUCUGAAACUCCCAUGUCAUCGUCUUCUAACUCAAAAGAAGACUGUCUGGCGCAGAUAUUAGGACCUCACAACCCUGGACGACUCAUGGCAAUGGGUCGCGGCAUGAGCAUGAGCAAGCUUGCUUGUUUCCAGGCGAAGAGCAAGUACGUCACAGAAAUGCAACAAACUCAAGUUCAAUUGCAGCAGCAAGACAAUGAAUUACAAGAGACUCUUGCGAGGAUGAAUAACCACCGUCCAGAGAAUGAGGUGGGUGAAAACUCGGCAGCAAAAACUGUAAACCAAAGGAAGCAGACCAAGUGUAUUCUGUUUGAUUGGUGUGGCUCCGAGUAUAAAGUUGCUGAGGCCCGCAUUGUAUCUUCUGAUCACAUGGACUUCGUCAAGAACGUACCAUUAGGGCCUAAUUCUGUGAAGGUGGCUGUGGAUACAGUGAUUAGAGGAGAUGCCUUUCUUUGGAGACCUGCUCUCAAUAUGUAUACUAUAUCCCAAGCUGUAGGAGAGACCAUUGCGUGGCCUCAGAAUUGUGUUGUCUCGCUUGCUGAGGAGUUAGACUUGGAAGACAUUCCGCCAAAGAGUCCAAGCACAACCUCUGUGAACAAGUGCAAACUUCUACACUGGUUAACUGAUGACGACGAGCCUGUCGCCGAAGGCUGUUGGCAGAGUCGUGAUCCCAAAGCUUUGGUGAACGGCCUUCCUCUAGGACCAAAGGCCAUUAAGAAAAGGAGUUAUACCAAAAGAGUGAAGACUGUCCAGACGGCUCUAUCGAGAAUCAGCGCCCAACCGCGCAGACCGGCUGGCCGAGAAACGAUUGUUUCGCGCUCGGCCAAAGUCAUCCGUCCGACUGAAGUCUCGGCCAAAGUUCCAAACCACCGGCCGAUCACGCAACACGACCCGGGAAACAUUGUCCCGCGGUCGGCCAAGCUUCAAGCGUCACGCCACGCCGCGCACGACCAUGCCGCGCGAGCCGGGAACAAGGCCUCGCGGCCGCGCAACCUGUUCGCGUACCACGGCCGAUGCAUCCGUCCGAGCCGGGAAAGAACGUCCCACGUCCGGCCGAGAAACCAUCGGCCAAAUCUCAUCCGCCGACCACGCCGGCCGACCGAAUCCAUCCGGCCACGACCGUUCCGACUCGGCCCACGACCCGACUGUCCGGCCGAUCGUCCCGACCGACCGUCCCAACGCCGCGGUCGACCCGAAGCCCGUUUUGAAGCCCAAAUUUCAUAUUUUCAAGCCCGGCUUAACCCUAAGCCGCCUCAAAAGACCUAG